AUGACGACGAUGACGACGGAACGCGCGACCGGGCUCGCGGUGCCGAGGGCGCAGACGUUCGACGGCGCGGCGUUGACGCUCGCGGGCGUGGGGGCGCGGGUGAAGAAGAUUUGUGGUUUAGGUGUCAAGGUGUACGCGUGCGGGUUUUACGUCGACGCGGUGGGGGUGAGGGAGGCGAUGGGGGACGGGGAGACGGACGCGUUGGAGGCGUUGAAGACGUGCGAACGGUCGAUUCGGCUGAAGUUUGCGAGGGACGUGGGCGGGGAUAAGAUCGUGGAAGCGCUGGCGGAGCGCAUCAGACCCGCGAUGGACGCGGAUUCGACGUCUUUGAAGCGAUUCGAGGCGAUAUUCGACGGCGUGAGCUUUAAGAAAGGGACGUCGCUCGAUUUCACGGCGACGGCGGACGGAGCGCUCGCGACGCGCAUCAAGGGGAAAAAGGUAUCCCAUAUCGCCGAUCGCGCCCUGGUCGACGCUCUGUUCGCCGCGUACGUCGGUGCAGAUCCAGUGAUUCCGUCGCUAAAGUCGGCGGUGCGUGAGUUCAUCGAAAACUUGCGCUAG